UCGUCCCUGGAGUAGCCGCCGGCGCCCCGCCCCGGGUGGCGCGUUCUCGGCGCGCGUCGCCGCGGCGGCCUGUCCUCGCGCUUAGGUUCGCGCGCCGCUCGGGGUGGUAGGUUCGGGGCCCGUGGGCGAUGCCUGGAGCCCCGGCGGGUCGUGAGGUCGCCAGACCCGGAGGCAGCUGGGUUUCAUCAGGCGGGUCACGGAGUAGGCAGAUGGUAAUGAGUCUUUAGAGGGGAGGCUGAAGCAGCAGCAGCGACGGAGAAGGCCCGCGUUUCCCUCCCUGCUGGAGGGGGCGUGGGGCGGUCCAGCGUCGCAGCCGUUAGGACUGACUUGGCCAGGCGUCCGGGAGGAUGUUUUGGACCCAGUUUCUAGGACCCCACAUUCAAGGACCAGUGAGUUUCCCAGAAAGGUUCAGGUUUCCUCUUACUCGACCCAGUCUUUGUAAAAAAUGGGAGGCAGCUGUCAGAAGGAAAAACUUUAAGCCCACCAAGUACAGCAGCAUUUGCUCAGAACACUUCACUCCGGACUGCUUUAAGAGAGAGUGCAACAACAAGUUACUGAAAGAGGACGCUGUCCCCACAAUAUUCCUUUGUACUGAACCACAUGACAAGAAGGAAGAUCUUCCGGAGCCCCAAGAACAGCUUCCCCGACCUCCUUCAACACCCCCCGUUUCCCAGGUCGAUGCUGCUAUCGGGUUACUCAUGCCUCCUCUUCAGACCCCUGAUAACCUCUCCGUGUUCUGUGACCACAACUACACUGUGGAGGACACCAUGCACCAGAGGAAGAGGAUUCACCAGCUUGAACAGCAAGUAGAGAAGCUCAGAAAGAAGCUCAAGACCGCACAGCAGCGGUGCAGAAGACAGGAGCGGCAGCUGGAGAAGCUGAAGGAGGUCGUGCACUUCCAGAAGGAGAAAGACGACGUCUCCGAGCGGGGUUAUGUGAUUCUACCAAAUGACUAUUUUGAAAUAGUUGAAGUCCCGGCAUGAAGAGUGAAAUCUGUGUUGGUGUUCAAUGGGGCAAUACCACCUGCCCUCUUCUAGCCUGUAGAGGAGUUUCAUUUGAAAAAAAUUACACUUGGUCACUUGUAUAAAAACAAUUCAGAAUAUUUUUUUAAAAGAAUAAAUUAGAUAUAUACUGUAAAAUUGUAAAUGUUUUGUUUGUAAUUUCAGGGUUUUUACAUUUUAACAAAAUAUUUUAAAAGUUAUAAACUAGCUUCAUUGUAAGUUGGUUUCAAGAUUGGGGAUUUUUGUUUCUUAAUUUGAGUAUUUAUAGAAAUGAUAUGAAAAUAAAAAGUAAAGAGAAUGAUAACAGUGCAGUAAGGAUGAUUUAAGUUUAAAGUUUAAAAUUUUAAAUGAACAGUUUAUUGAGAGAACUUAGUCACAUUUUAAAUCAGAAGCAUGGGGCAAUAACGUCUCAGAAUAUAUAUAUAUAUAUAUAUAUAUAUAUAUAUAUAUUCUUAUUCACAUAUUCUUAUUUGUAAAGUCAGCAGAUUCAUUUAUCUUUCUUAAUCACUUAUCAAAGAUAAAUUGGCAAGUCAAUACUUAAAAAAAAAGGUUGGUUGUCUUUAGAGCAGAAAAUGAGUCAUUCCAUACCUACUCAAAAUGGUUAAAAGACUUUAAAGAAUGGAUUUUUAAAAAGUGGACCCUUCUUUUCCCCCCACUGUCUGGCAUUAUAGAAUUAGAAGCAUGUCUCCACUGGAAGAUACACUCUCCAGUAAGCAAAGUAGGCAUUGUUAUCAGUGAGGUAAUGACCAAUGACCAAUGGGGGCUGAUCCGUGGCUUGCCUUUUUCUUUCACUGCCCCGAGCUAAGGGACAUCCAGUCCCCAACUGUAGGUGUACCUGCAUCCAGAUCUCUGCCAGAUGUGUUGUGUGGGUAGAGUCUGACUUGUUCCAUAAGGUGGAAAUCUUGCACUUGACUAAUUGAUUUUGGUCAAGGCUUCACAUAAUAAACGAUUUCUUCACUUUUACCACAAGUUAGAAAUUACAUCCCAUUUACCUUAAGGAGUGAUUUGCAUUCAAAAGCAUCCUAAUAGGUAAAGUUUAUUUUACUUAAUGCCGAGACUCAAAUACUGAGGUUUCUGUUCAAACUGUGAGUUGUGUUCUGACUUUGUGAGAAAGUUUACAUAUAUUUGAAAUGAAAACCGUUCUGAGUAAACAAGUACUGCUGUAGGAGUUACCUACUGAGAUUUAGAGUAACUACUCCAACUGUAAUUAUUUCAUAUUUCAAAGUGCUGCACAGACCUUUGAAGGCUGUAUUAAAGAUACGCAGCGGUGAUGUCCAAGAGUGUCUUUUGAAGACCUGAUUUUCAGUGUAAUUCACUGCCAUGCCAGUACUUUGAUUCAUGGAGAUUCGACUUUUUCUGAACCAGUAUUUCAAAAAUAGAAAAUUAUGAUUACUUGAAAUUAUAUCAUCUGAUAACACUUAGAACUAACUCUAAGGAAUCAGGAUUUUUUUCUAGUUAUUCAUGAGUCUCAUCACUGAUUUUAGAAGCCACAAAAUCUGUAAGUAGUUUGUUGUUACAUUUCAUCUCUAGCGAUUCCUGGAGAAUAUGUGGGUAAAUAUUUUGCAAAGUAUAUAUCUUAAAUCUAAAUUGUCAUCUACGUAAAAAAAAUCUGUGUGUGUGUGUGUGUCCAUGUCCUCAGAACCAAGAAUCCAACACUGAAUUGUAAAAGUGAUCAUCAUAAUUACUUAGUGUCUUAGCGUUAUGAUUUAACCUGAAGCUACUUUUUUUUCAUGAGACAUAAAUCCCUAUUUGGAGAGAACUGAGCAAGCAGCCUGUAUACCAACUGUUUGCAUUUAAAUCAUUUAUUAUGUUUAACAUAGGGAGUUUGAGGUACAGGCGCUUAUUUCUGAAUUUGAAAGGAACAUUUGUUGAAAUGUUUUAAAAAUUCAUUUUGUUAAAAUUCACUUUGUCUAUUGUAUCAUUUACGACAUUGCCAAGAGAAGGAGAACAUUUAGGCUAAAAUAGGUCCUCUUCAAUCAUAGUGAAACUUAGUCUGAAACACAUCAGGGACAAGGUCUCAGUCUGGAACAAGUGGGGAGGAGACCCUUGUGAGUUUCACCAUAGUAUGAAAGAUGACAUUUAUUUUAAGCACCGAUAGUGACAUCCUAAAGUUUCCAUCUAUGAAUGAUAUAAUUCGGCAAUAUCAGAAGAAAUAACUGUUUCUUAAUAGAACUGCUAGGAAAACUGUAGAAUUUUAGAAUUAGAAUGGACCUAGAAAUCACUGAACACUUGCCUAACCUCCAAACCCUGCAGAAUCCCUUUGUGAAAUACUCCUGACAACUGGACAUCUGUCCUCUGUAUGCCAUUUACAUUUAAGCAAUUCUGUUCAGAUUCUUUAAAAUGGGUUUCUGGAAUAGAGUAGAAUUUGUUGCCACUUUUUAAAAUACUUGUUUAUAAUGCAACUAUAAACUUUGCUUUAAACUACUGCAUAGUUUGAACUAUCAAAUUCCAAAUUAAAGAAGUUUCAAAAUUUUGUAAAAUAAUCUAAAUGUUUAUUAGUUGUGUACCUGUUAUGUGUACUAAAAAUAAUUCUGUCAUUAC